CUUGGUAUCAAGUUGUUGUGUGUAAAGACUGCUUCAGCAAAGAAGGGCCCCACCGAAACGUCCAUUUGAACAGCGAGUACACGGUUAUACGUGUUCAUGGAUAAGAUUAUGCGUGGAGCUCCGGUGGAUUUAUCUUUCAGAAGCCUCAGCAGAUUGACAGAUGCUUGGACGGAGACUCCUCACAGCAGUCUUCGACCUUUAAAAAAAAAUUCAGAAAGUAAAUAUCUUAGCUGCUCCCUCCGUCUCAGUAACAACAGCAUCAGUGACCUGUGUGACCUCCAUCAGACAGUGAGCCACUUCCUGGCUGAACCCUCAAGUCUCGCCUGGCUGGACCUCUCCUUCAACAAACUCUCACAUAUAGAUAAGGUUUUGUGUGAGUUGCAUGGACUCCGUGUGUUAUAUCUUCAUGGAAACAACAUUUCUACUCUGUCAGAGGUGGACAGGUUGGGUGUGCUCCCCCAUCUUCACUCCGUCACUCUACAUGGAAACCCUAUAGAGGCAAACAAGACUUACAGGAAUCGUGUGAUUUCUGCAUUGCCACAGUUAAAAACGAUGGACUUCAGUGGUGUGACGCACCAGGAGCGAGUCCUGGCAAAGCUGUGGCAUCAAAGCAACUCCCGCUGCAGAAGCACCAGGAAGAGCCUUCACUGAAUGCUAGUGUGUGAAAAUCAUAACUCAGUUCAAAAGCUUCACUGCCAGAAAACAGAUUUUUAAAUAUGCACAUUUGCCACCAGUAUUUGAACUGAAAUUAGUGUUGCUGUAAAUAUGUUUUUGCAAUUUAAUGUCACAAUUUGAGGUUUCUGUGGUGGAAAUAGAACAAUUCGUUGUUUGUUUGAGAACAUCACUGAAACCUACUCAUUUCACAAUUAACUUGCAAUUUUUUUCAAAUCUAAUCAUGGCAUGAGUUUAGCCAAGUUCAAGCAACAAAGACUCAAGGUGAUCAAUCAAACGUCUCUGAACUUACAGGUGCAUCCCACCUGUAAGUUGAAUAAUAUUGAACAGUUAUACUAUGUCAACAAUCCUAAUUCUCCUGAUAUAAACUCACAUACAGUCCAUGAAGAAUUAUUAGCCUUAGGCCAUAAUCACCAAAUACCAAAUCCUAGAAAUAUAUCAAUAUAUGUAUACAAUAUCAUAAUUACUUCUUGAGUGACUGAAAUAAAGUAACAUCUCAAUGUUGUAUUAAUAUACAAAUUUGUACCUGUAGAAAUGUUUGAUUCUUGAUGUAAAUUAUCUGUUAAAACUCUGUAACAUCACCAAAUAAACUACUUCUCAGAAGUCAACAUGUGGUCACUACAAUAAGACACAAUUGUUUUCUUGAAACUUUUUAAUGAACUGAUUAAACCCCAAAAAAAAUAAAAUAAAUCUAUUUAACUUUUUGGUACUAGCCUAGGAUAGUACAAACAUACAGUCUUCCAUGUAUUACACAUU